UCUAAUCCCACUUCAGAUCAUUCUUUUCACGCCAUCACUCCUUCCUUCUUCGCCAUCCAUCCAUCCAUCCAUCCAUCCAUCCAUCCAUCCAUUCUUCCAUCCCAUUCCUCAAACAGCUAUAACAAACACAUUUCCCAUUUCUUCUUCCCCCUUUAUUUCGCUUUUUUUCUCUGUACCAGUGCCUGUGUUUACUCAACUUCUCUACGUAAAGCUGAUUCCUUGAUUGCCAAGAACGCCCUCGUACUCGCAUACACAGGUUGCUGCUAUGACAACACAACGAGCCUCCAACGAGCUGGAGAAGAACGGGUCCAGGUCCCUAGAGUCCUCCUCGAGUCCCUCAAACCCGACCGUAGCCACAGGAACCUUCGUCGCUAGUCGGUCGCCGUCCUCGUACUCACUCCGCUCCCGCUUAUCUCCAUCGACAAGACUACGUUACCGCCAGUUGGUACAGCCAAUUACCCCCACAGAACUCGAAGCCAUUCCUGAAACAGAGAGCAAUGCUUCUCUUGCUGACAGGGUCUCUUCAGGAGGAAUGCGCUAUCCACGAGUGCAUCUCUCGAGCGUCGAUCUUGCAAAACCUCGUAUCUAUACCCGCCUACUGUACUUUUUUGAAGCGAGCAGCAGCUUUAUCGACAUCGCCAUCAACAGCAACAAGAACAGCAACAGCACCAGCGCCAGUCAAGGAUCCUUCUCGCCGAUUUCGUCCUCAUCGUCUUCGAGUGGAUCGGCAGCGGGCGUCACAUCUUUUCCAGUGCUCUCACCUACGGUCACUUCGCCACCAACUUCGAAAAGGAAGGCGGGCUUCAAAUCCCGUCACCACUAUCAUUAUCACCAGUCUCCGUUCAUGGACCCUAUGCUUCUGCAAGCGUCCUUGGCCUUGGUCCUCUCCGAUUUCGUUCCCUUGGCAGGACGACUCUGCAACAGCGGCCAGGAAUUCAUCACUAGUUCCGUUCGACCCUACAUCGAAUGCAACGAUCGAGGCGUUCUCUUUGCAGUGGCUGAUACGACUGUGACCAUGGAACAGAUCCGUCAAGGCGACUAUCAAGAUGCAGUCCUGCCACCACAUCUAUUCCCUGUCGGACUCUACCCAGCCUCGCUUCGCGAUCCUCCUCUGUUGAGCGUCCAGCUCACGUAUACCCAGGACCACUCAUUGAUCAUGGGCGUUGCCAUGGAUUCGGCCGCCAUGGAUGCGACUUCGCUGGUCUCAUUUAUGGAUGCCUGGUCAAAGAUUACUCAGGGAAAGGAUUUUGCGCCGUAUCCGAUCUUGGAUCGAUCGUUUUUGGAAAAGCAUGGCGAGGAUCAUGGACCCAAUGGUGUCUAUCGGCAUCAACGUGUCAACAAUUCGCCACCUCCACCGAUCUUGUUCGACAACAGUUUGGAUAACGAACUCGAUAGAGGCCUUGGCGAGAUGGACCUGCACGCGGAAAAUGAAGAUGAUAUCGACAGCGACGAGGAGGGCAUUAUUAGUGAGGAUAAGGAGGACGGACCAGGGCGCAGCCUCAAUCUUGAACAGGCACAGAGACAGAUGCAAUUGCUUCAUGCGGGGUCAGAUGAGGCUGCAGGGACUGUGCAUUGUGGCGCAGCUGAUAUCCCAGUAGUGGUUGUGGAUCAUGCGGAGCAGCUCGAAGGACCUGCGGAGGAUAUUCCAGAUCAGCUUGAUAGGAGCCAAAUCCUGGGGAGUGCGAGCGCAGAGACAGAGUCGGAAGGAGGGAACCUCCACCUUUUCCAUUUUACGGCAGGGCAACUGGAGCGGAUCAAGAAGCUGGCAUCAGAGCAGAACAUCGCAGCAGCAGCCUGUGCGGCGGAUGAUAAGGAGAUCAGUGACAAGUGGGUGUCUACGGGUGACUCGUUGAUUGCUUACCUGUGGAAGAUGUCGACGAUCGCGCGAAGGAUGGAGCCGGAUUGCAAGCUGAUGUGUGGAGUUGUCAUGGAUAUACGGAACCGACUGAAGCCCGCUAUUCCUGAAGGAUUUAUCGGCAAUGCAAUCUUGUCGAUAUUUGUUCAGAUGCCGGUGCAUUCGCUGCUGACGACACCCCUGUCGCUUCCAUCGCGAUUGCUGCGAGACGAACUUUUGUUGCAGACGCCUGAGCAGAUUCGGUCAUCUAUUAGCUGGAUUCAGAAGCAAGAGUACCCACAUUUGAUUGAGGCGGAUAGCAACAAUCCAUUCGGAGACGAUUUCAUGGUAUGGUCGUUCCGCAAGCUGAGCAUGUACUCACCUGACUUUGGACAGGGAUGUCCUACGAAGGUCCGAAUUGGUCAAGGUGGAUUUGGAGGAGGCGAGGGUAUGUGCAUUAUCAUGGAUAGCGCGCCUUCAUAUAGUGGGGCGAGUGGUGUUGGUAGCAGCAGCGGCUCGGCGGGUGUUGGUGAGGCAGGUGUGGAUGUGUACCUUGGACUGCAGGGCGAACAUCUGCAGGACUUUGAGAAGGUCCAUCGAGGGUUUAUGGAGAGUCUUCUAGAGAAUGGCGGUGGAUGGGAGGUAGUAUAGAUGUUAUUGCCAAGAAGAGGUUUUUUCUUGGCCUAAACAUCAGUGAUAAACCAUACGUCUCCUUCAUGUUCUACACCA